AUGCCCUUGGAAGAGGAGGAGCCCAGUUGGAAGAAACGAGCGGAAGAUAUCCGGGAGAUCUAUGAAUUCCGGGAGGUGCUGGGCACGUGAGUCGUUGUUCGUUUGUUUAUUGCAUUUACAUCCUACCUUUUUCUUCAAGGAAAGCUUAAAUUGGUGCUCGUGGUUCUCUCCCCCCCCCCAUUUAAUCCCCACGACAACCCUGUGAAGUAGGUUAGGCUGAUAGGCAGUGGCUGUCCCAAGGUCACCAUCUUCAGCGAUGAGUGGGGUUUGAUCCUUGGUCUCCCAGGUCCUAGUCUGGCACCCUAACCACUACACCACACAGCCAUGUGGUUAUUAGGGAUAUCUGGGUGAGGGCUGAUCCUCUAAGGCAGGGGAUUUACAGUACUUUAUUUUCAUGGAAACCUCAAGGCCCAACAACUCGAGCCAGGUUCAAAAUAGCAGCUUGUUUUCUUCAUUUUAGUUUUCUUCAUUUUCGGGAAGAGGGUGCCUUUGUUGUUCUUUCUGUUAUUAAACAAUUGGAAGGACCCUUGUGUACCUUCUGCAAAUCUCCUAGCAGUAGAUGCUGGCAGCUGAUGUUCUAAGAGCUUGUUUUCUAUCAUCAAGAUUCCAAGGCUGUUAGCCUAAGCUAAUUGACCUUGUCUACAUGAAACAGGAAUUAAAAAAUGCUUCAGAGUCACACUGGUUGCCAUGGUUUACUGUGGUGGGAGUGAGUCUACUCUCCCCUGGGGCCUCAUGCUUCUCCUCUGGCACAGCUGCAAGAAGGGGCUUGGAAUAUUUUGUGCCUGCUUUUUUAAUUUUGUUAACCACAUCUUGUGCUUAACCUUAGCUAUGGUUUGUUUGAAACCACCCAACUUCAAGCAAUAGCUUACGAAGCUGUCUCGUUUCACCAAGCCAUCGUUAAGAUUAGCCACAGUUUAGGGUUCGAGCAUAACAGUGAUUGCGGCUAAUUGAAAUUAGAGGCCUCCAUUUGUCUUCUCUUGGCUAUGCUGGAUGAGGAAGAGAGCACAUGAAGAGAACAGGGAGUGUUAGGCUCGUUCUUGUUGAGAUAAACCAUGGCUUAUGAUGAUAUCUAAACACAACCACUUCCUUAUAUUUUGUGCUACACCCAUCAGAGAUAUAACCCUAGUAUUGUUUAUCUGAUCAGUUUUUGAAAAAUGUGUUAGGAGUCCAUGAGGCUGCUGCUGCUUAUUGAUUUCUGCCUUGUGUUCCACUUGAGCAGGGGAAGCUGGCUGAUAUCUCAUUUCCUGUUGGGGACUUCCUGCCAUGAGAACAGGGUGCCACACCAGCAGGGGCUCCUCUUUGGUUCUUAACUUCUCAUGCCCCAGUAGGAGACUGUCUAAAAUGUAGGAGCCAGGUGUAGGGUGAGAUGCAGGGUACAGGCUCCAUUAGUGACAAGCGUCUUCUCCCCUGCCCCAUCCUAAACCGCUGGGCACACUCCACCUUGUAUUUGUACCAAGGCUGGGCCAACAGGUGGCGAAUACGCUUUGGAAACCUGUGGCCUCAAAUAUUAGCACAGGGCUCCGUCAAUAUUGACAGGAGACCUGGGCUGCUGCUGAAGUAUGUGGCCAGUCAAUAGUACCCUAUUUUUUAUUUUUUGAAAGGAGGGGUUUUUACCUCAGGUAGCACAUGCUCACAGGCGCUACCUUAAGGUUUUCAAGGCUCAGGUCUGGCAAGUGGCGAGGGCUCUCUGUUAUCUAGGUAGCUAUUUUCAGCCUCUCCUUCAGCUAUCUAUGCGGGUCUUCAUGAGCAACAGCAGAAGAAAUGAAUGAACUUUUCUGUUGGGCGAGAAACAAAAAGAAAGCCUUUCUCUCUCCCCACCCUGUCCCCCACUUCCUUAUAUGUGUCCAUAUUUUCUUCCAACAUGGUUGUGAUAUAAGGCAAGGAUAGAAAGACUUUGUGCUUGAGAAAUAUAAUUGGGUGUGGGUGUGUUUUAUUUAUUUAAAAGCCUUUUUAAAUUGCUUUACAUUAUAUAUUAUAUUACAUUAUAUAUAUCUAUCUGUAUCUGUAUAUAUCUAUAUCAGUAUCGAUAUCUAUAUAUGGAUAGAUAGAUACAUAUAUGGUGUGUGCUGUGUAUGCAGUUGUUGCUGUUGUUUAGUUGUUUAGUCGUGUCCGACUAUUCGUGACCCCAUGGACCAGAGCACGCCAGGCACUCCUGUCUUCCACUGCCUCCCGCAGUUUGGUCAGACUCAUGUUUGUAGCUUCAAGAACACUGUCCAACCAUCUCGUCCUCUGUCGUCCCCUUCUCCUUGUGCCCUCAAUCUUUCCCAACAUCAGGGUCUUUUCCAGGGAGUCUUCUCUUCUCAUGAGGUGGUCAAAGUAUUGGAGCCUCAGCUUCAGGAUCUGUCCUUCCAGUGAGCGCUCAGGGCUAAUUUCCUUAAGAAUGGAUGCGUUUGAUCUUCUUGCAGUCCAUGGGACUCUCAAGAGUCUCCUCCAGCACCAGAAUUCAAAAGCAUCAAUGCUUUGGCGAUCAGCCUUCUUUAUGGUCCAGCUCUCACUUCCAUACAUCACUAUCCAAUCUUAUGGGUCGGGGGAAACCCUGGGCAAGAAGGUAAGCCCUUUUAUAAUAUGUUCAAGUCAACUGGUGGUGGUGGUUCAUGUAGGGCAGAGGAAAGAACUUCAAGAUCUACAAACCAGGGGCGGAUGCAAGAUGAUGGCACAGGGCAUCUUUGAAUCAAGAGUUAAGGUGCCACAGAGCACACGCUUGGUUCAGGAAUUUGCUGUCAGGACCAGAACUGAGAUCACUGCGUAAGUGGCGUAGCGUGGGGGUUGCAGGGGGGGCCAGCCGCACUGGGCGCAACAUCUGGGGGGGCGCUCGCACUCGCAGCUCUCUGCCCCUACCUUGAGUGCUAAAAUCCACGGGUUAGGGGGCGCAAAUUAAUUGCCUUGCCCCGGGUGCUGACAACCCACGCUAUGCCACUGCACUGCGUAGCUCAGUUGGUUAGAGUGUGGUGUUGAUAACACCAAGGUCACAGGUUUGGUCCCUGUAUGGGACAGCUACGUAUUCCGGCACUGCAGGCAGUUGGACUAAGUGAGACUCAAGGUCCCUUCCAGCUCUACAAUUCUAUGAUUCUAUAAUAAUAAUAAUAAUAAGAAGAAGAAGAAGAAGAAGAAGAAGAAGAAGAAGAAGAAGAAGAAUUUAUUAUUUGUACCCUGCCCAUCUGGCUGGGCUUCCCCAGUCACUCUGGAUCUGGGUGGCUUCCAACAAAGUUUAAAAAUACAUUAAAAUGUCACACAUUGAAAACUUCCCUGAACCUUCAGAUGUCUUCUAAAUGUCAGGUAGUUGUUUAUCUCUUUGACAUCUGAUGGGAGGGCGUUCCACAGGGCAGGCGCCACUACCGAGAAGGCCCUCUGCCUGGUUCCCUGUAGCUUUGCUUCUCGCAAUGAGGGAACUGCCAGAAGGCCUUCGGCGCUGGACCUCAGUGUCCGGGCAGAACGAUGGAAGUGGAGACACUCCUUCAGGUAUACUGGGCUGAGGCCGUUUAGGGCUUUAAAGGUCAACACCAACACUUUGAAUUGUGCUUGGAAACAUACUGGGAGCCAAUGUGGGUCUUUCAAGACCGGUGUUAUGUGGUCUCAGCAGCUGCCCCCAGUCACCAGUCUAGCUGCCGCAUUCUGGAUUAGUUGUAGUUUCCGGGUCACCUUCAAAGGUAGCCCCACAUAGAGCACAUUGCAGUAGUCCAAGCGAGAGAUAAGUAGAGCAUGCACCACUCUGGUGAGACAGUCUGCGGGCAGAUCUCAGCCCUUUCUCCCUCCCUCUCUCUCUCUCUCUUCAAACUUCCCCCUUCAUAAAGGGCAAUGAACCUUAGCCCUGUGGUCAAGGACUGUGUUUGACACCUCAGGUGGAGCAGCCUGGCAGCAAAGGAGCUCAGACUGGCUGGCUUGCAAAGUAAAAGGAGGCCAGCACCCGAGACUGGCUAAGACACCUAAGCGGGAUUAAUGUGUUAAUUACAGAAAGGAUUAGAAGGUGAGAGCUCUCGCAGAGGUCACCACCGUCCAAUCUCUGGAGGAAACUUCUCUGGUUCCUCACAAUCCCUGUGGGGUUCUUCUCCUGCAGGCCUCCGUGUGACAAGUCAUGCCACCCUCCCUAAGUUACCUGUUUAGAUUACUGUACUGCUGCCGCAGACAGGCACCGUGUUUUAUCUUGCGUCCAUUUUAGGGCCAAAUGACCCAUUCAGGUGUCUUUAAGAGGAGGCUCAGUCUGGUCACUUGUGUUUUGCAGGAAAAGUAGCCAUGCAGGGUGCCGAAGCAGAAUGUGCUCUCUGUCCGGAUGGGGUUCCCACUCCAGUUCCCCAUCAAACCUCUCCUUAAGAGGCCAUCUUAAGCAUCCUUUUUAAAAAGUGUGGUUUGGCCCUUAUGUGGAAUUGGCACGGACUGCCCUUUCUGCUCUGUCAGCUCGGUCAAUAGAGCACAAGACUCUUAAUCUCAGGGUCAUGGAUUCUUGGGCAAAAUAUUCCUGCAUUGCAGGGGGUAAUAAUAAUAAUAAUAAUAAUUUAUUAUUUGUACCCCGCCCAUCUGGCUGGGUUUCCCCAGCCACUCUGGGUGGCUUCCAACAAAGAUUAAAAAAACAUUAAAAUGUCACACAUUAAAAACUUCCCUGAACAGGGCUGCCUUCAGAUGUCUUUUAAAGAUAAGAUAGCUGCUCAUUUCCUUCACAUCUGAAGGGAGGGCGUUCCACAGGGCGGGCGCCACUACCGAGAAGGCCCUCUGCCUGGUUCCCUGUAACUUGGCUUCUCGCAAUGAGGGAACCGCCAGAAGGCCCUCGGCACUGGAUCUCAGUGUCCGGGCUGAACGAUGGGGGUGGAGGCGCUCCUUCAGAUAUACUGGAGCAAGGCCGUUUAGGUUAGACUAGAUGACUCUCGUGAUCCCUUCCAACUGUACAAUUCUGUGAUUCUGCCUCGUGCAUUUCAAGGCCGUUUGACUCUAAUAUAUCACCUACCACCCCCUCUGUAAAGUAAAAGUAAAGGGACCCCUGACCAUUAGGUCCAGUCGUGGCCGACUCUGGGGUUGUGGCGCUCAUCUCGCUUUAUUGACCGAGGGAGCCGGCGUACAGCUUCCGGAUCAUGUGGCCAGCAUGACUAAGCCGCUUCUGGCGAACCAGAGCAGCGCAUGGAAACGCCAUUUACCUUCCCACCAGAGUGGUACCUAUUUAUCUACUUGCACUUUGACGUGCUUUCAAACUGCUAGGUUGGCAGGAGCAGGGACCGAGCAACGGGAGCUCACCCCGUCUCGGGGAUUUGAACCGCCAACCUUCUGAUCGGCAAGUCCUAGGCUCUGUGGUUUAACCCACAGCGCCACCCGCGUCCCUACCCCCUCUGUAUACUCAUACAUAAACCCAGAGGAACCUGCUUCAUACAAAGUCUAGGCCAUCUAGCACCAUAUUGUCAGCACUAACUGGCAGCAGCUCUUCAGGGUUUCGGGCAGGGGUCUCUCCCAGCCCUUACCUAGAGACACUAGGGGCUGAUCCCGGGAAAUUUUGCAUGCAAAGCAUCACAUGCUCUACCCCUGAUCUGCAUUCCUAAGCAUCCACACCUGCCAGCUGAGGCCAGCCCUUCCCACCACAUCUGAUGGUGGGAUUUAGUCCAGGAAAGCUUCUACCACCCUAAACUUGCUAAUCUUUCAGGUGCCACAAAACUCUUGAGUUGCUUUUGCUGCAAUGGGCGCUAGCACAACAAAUGCUUCAGGGUCACAACCUCCUUUUAGGUAAAGGUAAAGGGAUCCCUGACCACAAGGUCCAGUCAUGACCGACUCUGGGGUUGCGGCGCUCAUCUCACUUUAUUGGCUGAGGAAGCCGGCGUAUAGCUUCCGGGUCAUGUGGCCAGCAUGACUAAGCCACUUCUGGUGAACCAGAGCAACGCACUGAAACACUGUUUACCUUCCCGCCGGAGCGGUAUCUAUUUAUCUACUUGCACUUUGAUGUGCUUUCGAACUGCUAGGUUGGCAGGAGCUGGGGCCGAGCAAUGGGAGCUCACCCCAUUGCGGGGAUUCGAACCGCCGACCUUCUGAUCGGCAAGUCCUAGGCUCUGUGGUUUAACCCACAGUGCCACCCGUGUCCUUUUAUGUACUUAUCCCUAAAUCAGAUUAGUCAGCUCCUGAAUAUAUUUUAGCAACCUGUUUUUGGGGGUGUGUGCGCAGGGUGUACUCUCAGCCAGGAUGAUUAAAAAAGUGGUAAAAUGCAUGCUUAGGAAGGAACGAUGAUGCCGAAUAAUGGCAAGCAAAACAGUGGCGUCAGAUUUUUGUUAUGUUUGUUAAAUUGGGGGGAGGGGGAAGGGUGUUGACUUAUGCUAGUAGAGUCAGGAGGAAGUGGGAGUAAUCAGAUUGGACAGCAAGUUUCGCAAGCCAUCAUAUGACGUGGCGUAACUUUGUUUUUCACGAGAAAAUAGGAAGGGUCUGGUCUAGCAUCCAGUUUCCCACAGUGGCCGGUCAGAGGCGCCUGGGAACCUCACAAGCAUGGUGCGAGGGCAAUAGCCUGCUCUUGAAGAUGCUCCUCUAGCAACUCAGGGAAGGGCCAUAGUUCAGGGGCUGGGGCAUUUGCUUGUAUGCAGAAGGUCCCAAAUAUAUAUAUAUAUAUAUAUAUAUAUAUAUAUAUAUAUAUAUACACACACACACACACACACACACACAUUUUUAUUAGAUUUUUUAACAUAUCAUUUCCAACAGUCAUAUAACAUAACUUCUUAUCUUAUACAAUGUUUUAGACUUCCGUCAACAACUCUGAUGAUUUUUCAUUCUUUAUCACUUAUUCUGCAUUUCUUAAUUUCUCUAUUACUCUUAAUUAUCAUUAACUAAUCAUUCUCCUCAUAGUCUUUUAUGCAAUAUUUCAAAUCGUCCUCCUUACAAAACUUCUUGCAAUCCUGCUAGCGUAAUCUGUUCAUUACUAUUACUUUUCAAAUAGUUUGUAUAUUUACUCCAGUCUUCUAAGAAUCUCUGGUCCCGCAGGUUUUGAAUCCUUCCUGUUAAUUUAUCUUAUUUUGCAUAGUCCACAGAAGGUCCCAAAUUCAACCCCUGGCCAAUCCAGGUAGGAGAAAGACUUUUGUUUGAAGCGCUGGGGAGCUGCUGCCAGUCUUUGUGUUGAGUUGGAUGGGCAAAUAUGUACGUAACUGGUAUCCAGGUCCUCCUCUGAUUGUGUGGAGGUAGUAGGUACCUAUCAUGUGUACCCACCGAUAGCCUUAUCCGCCUACGAAUUUUCCUGGACCAUAAAAAGCAGCUGGCAGGUGGAGAUUCUCUGGCGGGGCAACAAGGCUCACUGGCAUAUGCCAAGUGGCAUAUGGUGCCAUGGAGGGGACGGGGGCUGCAGGUUGUGAACUGUGUCUGUCCUCGCAGCAGCUGAUUCCUCAGAACCUGCCUAUCCCCAUCUCUCCUUGGCUCAGGCCCCGAGUGCCGCUUUGUAGAGAUAACAAACCCUUUCCUUCCUGGCCAGAGACGGAGCCCAUUCGGCUCUGAAACUGUGCCAUUUCCCUGCCCUCUUUUAUCCCCUGCCCUAGAUGGGGCUGAAAAGCCAAAGGGCUCUAAUCGCAAGAACCGGCGAUAAGCAGGGAGGGGAAUAUAGAUAGUGCCCUUUGUUUGCCAGCUUGUGUUCUUAUUCUGAAGGUGGCACAGCCAAGGCCAGCCAAGAAACCAGGAUGGGGUGUGUGUGUGUGUGUGUGUGUGUGUUUGUGUGUGUGUGUGCACGCACACACACCACCACAGAGAUACAGGUUUUAGAAGCUCUCUGCUCAGGUAGAAGGGGCCAUUCCUCUUGUCUCCAGAUCCUAUAUCACUCCUUACCAGGAAUCCAUGGCAAUUCCUCCUAUUAUAGCCCAAUCUUCACCCUCCUGCUGCUGCCCAGAUUUCACUGAACUACGACUCCCAGGCAGCAUGGACAGCGGCCAGAGUGCCAAGCUAUGAAUCCCUUUCCCUUUCUAAUCCAUCUGUAGAUCCUGGAAGACUUGGCUAGAUUUGCUUUUACACGGAUGCAACCUUCGUGGUUCUGUUUUUAAACUCACCCCCUCCCUUGCUGGAACACAGUGUGCCCAGUCUCUGUCUUCUUCCUACCUGGCGCAUUCUCCCAAAUUCUUUACCCAGCGCUUCCUCCCUGCCUCCUCUCACCCCUUUCUUCCUGGCACAUUCUCUCCUGCCAGCCCGGUGCCAUCUCUCACAUGCUCUCCUAUAAAUAGCUGGAAUUCUGCAGGUUGCUGUGGUGACAGCGGCUGGGUGAGAGAUCCAGCUGGGUGUGAUGGGGAGGGCCUGGUGCUCGCAGGAUGUCAGGUCAGAAGAUGACAGGGGCCUUGCCUGCACACACUCACACCGCCUCUGUGUUUAUGGGUUGGCUUCACCCCAUAGCUUUCGCUGUUUGGAGCUCCAUCCAUGCCAUAUUCCUGUGCACGACGUUGAAGUUGCUUACAAGUUCCUUAUUUUGCACGUGGCUUUAAAACACAUCUCGGUCAGAAAACGUAAGGAACUAGAUGCCCCUUUGUGGCGAUCACACAGGGCCCCCGGAUGUUCGACGGUCUAUUGACCCUGUGCCACCACUGUAAUUGCGUUCUUCGCUGCCACCAACCCGUUUCCCUUGGGUACACACGGAGUCCAGUCAGUUGGUAACAUUAACAAAAAAUCAAGUUUAUUUUAUAGGCAUGAACAAGCUUAUGGUUUCAGUUAAUUUUUCUUGGCAGUUUCUUAAUCUUAGUUCCUUAACUGUCUUAUUCGUUCCUAACAACUUCAAACUGAUUAUCCCAACUAUCUAUCUAUCUGACUCCACCUAACAAUUCCUUUCACUCUCUCACCACACAACUCGACCAACCCACAGAUUAUUCCUCCCGCUUCCUUCUUCAACUCCCAACUCUCAACUGACUUUCACACAACUCCCCCUCUACCCCUAACCCUGAAUUCCAAAAUAAGCUUGGGUCUGCUACAUUGUGAGGGGGGGGGGGAGGGAUGACUCUUCAAGAUCCACAGUCAUUUCCCCCAGCCAAAACACUUGACUUUAUUAUUCUUAUUUAUAAAAUUUUUAUACUACAGUGGUACCUCUGGUUGCAAACAGGAUCCGUUCCAGAGGCCCAUUCGCAACAUGAAAAGAGCACAACCUGAAGCGGCAUGUCUGCGCAUGCGCGGGUUGCAAUUCGCUGCUUCUGCGCAUGACGUCAUUUUUGCGCUUCUGCGCACGCGCGAGUGGCUAAACCCGGAAGUAACCCUUUCCAGUAUUUCCGGGUUGCCGCAGGACAUAACCUGAAAGAACGUAACAUGAAGCGGACGUAACAUGAGGUAUGACUGUACCCUUCAUCCGAAAAUCUCUGGGUGGUACACAGCAUAAACGUGUGCUGACCCCAGAUGAAAACAAUAAAUAAGGAAGUGGGCAUGUGUACCCUAAUAAUCACCUUUGGGCCACCCCUGUUAAUAGACACCUGCAUCUACUGGAGUGUGUCUUCUGUGAAAUGGCCUUGAAACCCCCAGGCCCUCUGAACUAGGGGACCUACAUACCUGGCUAAGAAUGGGACACGCCUGUCGGGCUGGGCUGGCCUGCUCCACUUUCUCAUUUCCCUGCCCUCCCCUUCUGUUUUCCAGAGGUGCCUUCUCCGAGGUGGUCCUGGCCGAAGAGAAGUCGACUCAGAAGCUGGUAGCCAUCAAGUGCAUCGCAAAGAAGGUGUUGGAAGGGAAGGAGAGCAGCAUCGAGAAUGAGAUAGCUGUGCUACACAAGUGAGUGGCGCUCCCUCUCGUCCCCUUUGAGAACAGCCACUGCUGGGUCAAAUCAAAAGUCCUCCACUCUGGUCCAGUGACCCCGUCCAACAGUCCCUGGAAAGAGGAGCAAGGUGGAAACAGCCACCCCAUCCCUGCUUACCCCCACAUCCCCAGGGCACGCAUGUGUGGCGUUGAGAAUAAAGCAAUGGCACUUGCAAUAAGCUACCUGAACCAGUGGGGUGGGCUAAUAGAAAGGCAACUUGAUCUUCCUUCUCCCUUAUUCCUGUUCUUUUAGUAGCUACAUGUUGGUAGACUACAUGACUUCCUCGCAGGCUCUGCUUCCUUCCUGCUCCUUCUCCAAGUGUCAAUACCAGUAUAAGCUAGCAAGGGCUUAUUAAAUAGACAUAGCAGACGACACAGAGAUUUCUCCAAGUAGUUCUUUAUAAGUACAGUGGUACCUCGGGUUACAUACGCUUCAGGUUACAUACGCUUCAGGUUACAGACUCCGCUAACCCAGAAAUAGUGCUUCAGGUUAAGAACUUUGCUUCAGGAUGAGAACAGAAAUCGUGCUCCGGUGGCGCAGCGGCAGCAGGAGGCCCCUAAAGUGGUGCUUCAGGUUAAGAACAGUUUCAGGUUAAGAACGGACCUCCGGAACCAAUUAAGUACUUAACCUGAGGUACCACUGUAAGUUGGAACUGAGCAGCUCAGCCGGCCUGCUUUUAUAGGCAGCCGGCUGUCAACAUUGUAACAACAACAUCCCAGGGUUUCCUGCCUAAAUUAACUGACGUGGACUUGAGUGAAAACUAUAUACACGAUACCCCUGGUGGCCAGGGUGAGAACUUCAAUACAUAACAGGGUUGGUGUUACCUUCUUGUCUGCGGCUCGGCCACAUGUAAAACCUAUGCUUAGAAUGGCUUUGUUCUGGAUGUCAUGCACAGCCAUGCACAUUUGCUUUGUUCUUGCAAAAUGUAUAUACAGUGGUACCUGAGUUUUUGAACGUAAUCCAUUCUGGAAGACUGGAAGAGUUCUGAAAUGUCUGAAAACUCAAUACGGAAGCCUCAAUGCGGAAAACUCAAUACGGAAGCCGUGUGGCAUGUUCAACUUCCGAGGCUUGUUUGAAAAAGGAAGCAUUUCCUUCCGGCAUUUACGGCAUUCGAAAAGCGAAACGUUCGUCAGCGGAGAGAUUCGAAAACCGAGCUACCACUGUUUGUUCUGCAAAAGCAAUGAAUGUUGGUAUUGGGCUUGGAAUUCAGGAUCCCAAAUUUUUCCGUUAAAAAAAAGUACCGUAUUUUUCGCUCUAUAAGACGCACCAGACCACAAGACGCACCUCGUUUUGGGAGGAGAAAAACAAGAAAAAAAAAAUUCUGAAUCUCAGAAGCCAGAACAGCAAGAGGGAUCGCAGCGCAGCGAAAGCAGCAAUCCCUCUUGCUGUUCUGGCUUCUGGGAUAGCUGCACAGCCUGCAUUCGCUCCAUAAGACGCACACACAUUUCCCCUUACUUUUUAGGAGGGAAAAAGGGAGUCUUAUAGAGCAAAAAAUACAGUAAGCAAGUUUCCAGCUGUUCUGGCUGCAUAGGUAGGGUUGAAAAGGUAUAACUGCUGCCUGCUGAAAAUGAAGGAGCCCAGUGAGACUGUGAGCCAAGUUUGUUGGCAAAAAAUAAGGUGAGUGCUCAUCUGAAUGUGACCUCAAUGGGAGUAGUUAAUGCUGUGUGCCUUGGUUUGUGUGAGUUCAGCUGCAGAGAGGUCUGCGCAUGAGUGCGCCCUAUGUGCAGGGAAUCUCUCCCCUCAUACAUCUGGCCUGCCAGCCUGAUCACGUGUCAACAGCUCUUUGCAUCAUCUCCAUGGGCGCAUAAUUUCCUACAACUGAUAUCUGGGCCUGGGAUAUCAGCCUUUCUGAAAAUAGUGCUGGUUGGCAAUGCGCAGUGUCUCCUUGUGCCCGGAGCAUGCCACGUUCUCGUUCCUGUGACUCUCUCAUGUUCAGCGAGGGCAACUAAUCUAUGACCUCUGUCACGAGCACAGGAGAGGGAAAUUCUGGAGAAGUGGCUGCCACAUCUGGAGUCUCCAUUACAGAGUUGGAACCUGCACUUCCCAUCCUCUAAGUACAGGGGUGGAGAACAGACUACAGUGGUACCUCUGGUUAAGAACUUAAUUUGUUCUGGAGGUCCCUUAAACAAACUACUGCUCUCAGCCUCAGGCCACUGCCCCACAAAUACACACACACACACACAAUAACAAUACAGUGGUACCUCAGGUUAAGUACUUAAUUCAUUCCGGAGAUCCGUUCUUAACCUGAAACUGUUCUUAACCUGAAGCACGACUUUAGCUAAUGGGGCCUCCUUUUGCUGCCGCGCCGCCGGAGCAUGAUUUCUGUUCUCAUCCUGAAGCAAAGUUCUUAACCUGAGGUACUAUUUCUGGGUUAGUGGAGUCUGUAAUCUGAAGUGUAUGUAACCCGAGGUACCACUGUACUAUUUCUGGGUUAGCGGAAUCUGUAACCUGAAGUGUAUGUAACCCGAGGUACCACUGUACUAUUUCUGGGUUAGCGGAGUCUGUAACCUGAAGCGUAUGUAACCCGAGGUACCACUGUACCCUCCACAUGUGGCUGAACUCCAACGCCCAUCAUCCUUGACCAUUUGCCAUGCUGGCUGGAGUUGAUGGGCAUAUAAUGCAGGGCACGAUGCUUGUGAGACCCCCCAGCUAUCUGCCAUUCUAUUAUUAUAUUAUACAUAUACAUGAGCACAUACAAAUUAUAUGCAAAUUUGUGCCUUAGCAACAACCCUGGGCCACAGGGUUUCUGGGUCCAAAGCUGUGAGUUCUGGGGUGUAAGGUCCAACAAAACAAAGGCAGGUUCUCCCAACCAGUCCAGCAUCAAUGACCAUAAUGUGGACCAUUGAAACUGGGAAGUGGGAAGCUCACUCAAAGGAAGUAUUUUCCAGGAACUAGUGAGUGAUUUCUCAAGGAACCCGUUUCAAUAGUGACUCUUCUGCUUAAGGCGGAAGGGUAGGGAAGAGGUGAGGUUAAAGGAAAGAGCUUCUGUACACAUAAAAGGUGACGGUCUGUCUCCUACUAAUAAAAAUCAGCUCUAGAAUAUGAUCUGGGUGUUAAGGUUGCUUCCAGAGUUAGCCUGGAAUUGCUACCCUUUGUUCAUUCACUUUUUACGGAGAAUCCAGAUGACAUCAUUCCCCAAUUAUUGCAGUCCCAUGGCUUGCUUGCUUUCUUUUUUUCAGAGUUGUUUUGUUUUUAAAUACUAGCGCAAAUAUAGUGUAUAUAUAGAGCAAAAACCCCAGCAACAGCCUGUCCAGUGCUGUUGAGCCUUUUUGGGGUGACUUUAAUUUAAAGCUUUCUGCUGAUCACUUCUGCUACUACGUUCGCUACUUCCUCUUGAGCACGGCAGUGGGAUAACUGAUGACUUUCCCUUGUCCUUUAAAGGUAAAGGGACCCUUGACCAUUAGGUCCAGUCGUGGCCAACUCUGGGGUUGCAGCGCUCAUCUCGCUUUAUUGGCCGAGGGAGCCAGCGUACAGCUUCUGGGUCAUGUGGCCAGCAUGACUAAGCCGCUUCUGGCGAACCAGAGCAGCGCACGGAAACGCCAUUUACCUUCCCGCCAGAGUGGUGCCUAUUUAUCUACUUGCACUUUGGCGUGCUUUCGAACUGCUAGGUGGGCAGGAGCAGGGACCGAGCAACGGGAGCUCACCCCGUCGCAGGGAUUUGAACCGUCGACCUUCUGAUUGGCAAGUCCUAGGCUCUGUGGUUUAACCCACAGCGCCACCCGCGUCCCUUUCCUUUAAUUGCUGCCUUAAUGUUGGCUUCUGCCCCUGUGUCUGUGAUGUUGGGAGGCUUCGAUUACUGGUUUCCUUUCAUUAUUUCCCCCUGGGUGGGAUUCAUCCAAGCUGUUUGCAAGGAAAGAGGUCUGCUUGCACAACAGGAAUCCCUGCCCCUCCCCCCCCUUUGUGCCCCCCCACCAAAGCUGCUCUACGGGGAGAACCCCUGAGUAGGUUUAGGGAUUGCUUGGAAGGGAAGGAAUUCUUAUUACACUAAUGGACCUUGUUCUAUGCAUGUAAACCCCAUUUACCGCUAUGUUGAAUUCCACCUCCUCUUUCUUUUAUACCAAAUUGCUAUACAUUAUUAUUUCAGCGGUGAAGGAGGACGUGGCUUUCCUUUGUUACCAAAAACAAUGGCUGCACAUUUACCGUAAAUGUGUAGCUCACCCACAGUCCCCUAUGAAUUUUCAUCAGUCUCCCCUCCUAUAGGUUCUUUUUGACUACUACCAGUGACAUGACAAGUGAGUGACACAGAUCGGUACCUUUACAAAAUUAUUUGUUUUUUAAAUCUUUUGAAGCCGAACCACUCAUUUUAAGCCCUCUUCAAAACAAAGCUCCACCUAAUGCCUGCAAACUGGUCUGCGUGGCAACACCGUGCAUUUCUUAAAAAAUAUAACCUUUCUUUCUUUCUUUCUUUCUUUCUUUCUUUCUUUCUUUCUUUCAUAUAUAUUUAAAUAGCUGUUUCUGGCUUGUGUGCUCAUUCUUCCCAGUAUGUAAUAUAUAUAUACAGUGGUACCUUCAGGUUACAUACACUUUGUGUUACAGACUUCGCUAACCCAGAAAUAGUACCUCGGGUUAAGAACUUUGCUUCAGGAUGAGAACAGAAAUUGUGCUCUGGUGGCGCAGCAGCAGCAGCAGCAGGAGGCCCCAUUAGCUAAAGUGGUGCUUCAGGUUAAGAACAGUUUCAGGUUAAGAACAGACCUCCGGAACGAAUUAAGUACUUAACCUGAGGUACCACUGUAUAUAGCAUUUAUUUGACCCUUCCCAUAUGUUUCUUCAGUCAAGUACUUCACAUACAUUAGCUCGGGAAUCCUUACAACAACCCUGCAAUGUAGAUUUUGCUAUUAUUCCCUUAUUGUAGAUGUGUGUGUGUGUGUGUGUGUGUAUUUGUGGGGCAGUGUCCUGAGGCUGAGAGCAGUAGUUUGCUUAAGGGCACCUGCUAGGUUCACAGCAGAGGCAAGAUUUGAUUCUGGGGACUGUUUGUUGCAUAGCUCUGUCGCACAGCAACCAGCUUAUCACAGGGACAUUAUCUCUCUGUUUCUCUCUCUUUUAAAGUAGCUUGUCAGCCUGUUCCUCUCAGGCAGCAUGAGGAAACCUCUGUUUGGCCUCCCAAUAUUGUUGGACUACAACUCCUAUCAUCCCUGACCGUUGGCUGUGCUCUCUGGGACUGGUGGAAGUUGGAGUCCAGCAACGUACGGAGGGCCAAAAGUGCCCCAUCCAAGUUGUACAAUGGACGCCCUUGAGAGAAAGGAUGUUGCACAGCCGGUGCUGGUAGUGGCCACACUAGGAAUAAAAUGAGUGGGAGUUGCCACCUGGACCCCCCACCCCCUUGAUUUUGAAACAAAGAUACAGGCAACUCCCCACUUGCCUGUGAUUUAUUUGUGUGCGACUGUGUGCACUGCCGCAAAAUAAAUAAUCCGUCUCAAACUUGGAAGUGGCGGGAGAGAGCUGGAAAGUUCUUGCGGCUCACGAGAAGACCCUCCCCAGAGCCCAAAGAGGAUGUCACUGAGCCAAAGGCCAGAAAUAAAUGUUUAAAAUGCUUCUCUCUCUCUCUCUCUCUCUCUCUCUCUCACACACACACACACACACACUUAUGGCUCCAAAAUGGCGCAGGGAACUGUUAUGUACUGAGUUGAAUAGGAUCAAAAUGCAGCAGUCUGAUUGGUCCUAGAACAAUAGGAUCCAAAAUGCAGCAGUCUGAUUGGUCCUAGAACAAUAGGAUUCAGAAUGCAGCAGUCUGAUUGGUCCUAGAACAAUGCAGCAGUAUGAUUGGUCUGCAGCAGCCACUCAAUCCAGCUCCUGGUGGAAGUGAAUCCGCAACCUGAUUGGCCUAUAGGAGAAUCCAGGAAUUAGCCAGUCACGUGCGGCCCAUUGUGUAAAUAAUGUAUAUAAAGCAGAUAUUUUGGGGAAACUUCCAUUCCUCACCACUAUGAGCUGAAUAAAGAGCAUGAAAUCCACACUCGACUCCGAGUGCAUUUCACUGGUGACUCUCGCUGCUACCUCGCUACCCUGCUCAACAGCUGUUGGGCAAGAAGCUGUAUUGCAGUGGGCUCGGAUGUGCUGUUCCUUUCCCCUUUCUGGCGAUCUGAAGGCAAAGGGACGGAAUAAAAGAAAAAGAGCAUGUAAAAACAGGUGUUUAGAGCAGGCACAGGCAAACUUGGCCCUCCAGAAAUAUUGGGACUACAAUUCCCAUCAUCCCUGAUCACCCAUCCUGUUAGCUAAGGAUGAUGGGAGUUGUAGUCCCAAAACAUCUGGAGGGCUGAGUUUGCCUGUGCCUGGUUUAGAGGAUGCUCCCCACAUGCUCAUAUCGCUUAUGGGCGGGGCAGGGCGGAAAGUAACCCACGCAUAAGUUGCCUCUGCCAUUGGGGUCUUUGAAAAUAGCCUUGCCCGACAGAGAAGCUGGGAAGCAAGCCUUUCAGGCUAAACAAGGCAGAGUGAUGAUAAUCCACGGACCUCUUGCUGAAGGAGCUUCUCUUUCUCUUGCAGGAUCAAGCACCCCAAUAUUGUGGCUCUGGACGACAUCUAUGAGAGCGGAGGACACCUCUACCUCAUCAUGCAGCUGUGAGUUGAAGGCUGGGAAUUAGAGGAGUCCCAGCUAUGGGUGAGGGAAGGGAGGAGUCUCUUGGCACAGCCUGGCAGCAUUGGUGGAGCUUGUGGGCAGAGCUCACCCUGACCACCCUCUUCCUGAAGGGGUCUCUUGAGGAAAGCAGGCCUCACCUUUGUUUUGCCUCCCCAAUGUAGGGUCUCAGGCGGGGAGCUCUUUGACAGGAUUGUGGAGAAGGGGUUUUACACGGAGCGAGAUGCCAGCCAGCUCAUCCGGCAGAUCCUCGACGCUGUCAAAUACCUGCAUGACAUGGGCAUCGUACACCGCGACCUCAAGGUAGGGGCAUGUACCUGUGUGGGGAUUUCUGUCGUAGCCGCCUCGGGGUUAAGAUGUGCAUUUGCACAACUGUCUGUUUGCUGAAGGCCGGACUAGACAAUUCAUCCUAUUAGCAGUUGCUUGGGCGGCCUUUCCAAAAUAAAAAUAGCUGGCAAUUUCCCUCUGCUGCAGUUUCCCUCUGCUGCUGCUGCUCCAGUUUGGAUUUGGGGCGCCAUGCCCCCCUCUCCACGAGUUGGAAGGAAAGCUUCUGUUUGCCUCCUCCCAUCCCAUGCCCAGUCUGCACUGGGACCACAACAGGAGGCAAAGGCCCCCUUAAAGGUAAAGGGACCCCUGACCAUUAGGUCCAGUCGUGGCCGACUCUGGGGUUGCGGCGCUCAUCUCGCUUUACUGGCCGAGGGAGCCGGCUUACAGCUUCCGAGUCAUGUGGCCACCAUGACUAAGCCGCUUCUGGCGAACCAGAGCAGUGCACGGAAACGCCGUUUACCUUCCCGCCGUAGCGGUACCUAUUUAUCCACUUGCACUCUGAUGUGCUUUCGAACUGCUAGGUUGGCAGGAGCAGGGACCAAGCAACGGGAGCUCACCCCGUCGCGGGGAUUCGAACCGCCGACCUUCUGAUCGGCAAGUCCUAGGCUCUGUGGUUUAACGCACAGCGCCAUCCGCGUCCCAAAGCCUCAGCCGAAGAUAGGAGGCACCCCAUACCUGCUAUUCAUUUGCUAGUUGGGGUGAAUAGCAUCUUGACUAGUCUGGUCCCUAAUCUGCUGUAGGUACCUUAAACUAGAAAUACAGCUUUUGUAUUUAGCAGCCAAGUAUUAAGAGCUUACUUCCUCCAUUGUCUUGUGGUUUAAGACCUAAACAACAUGUGACACCAGUAGUUUUUGAUUAGAUCUCUUUCCUGUCCCUUGAAAGCAGCCUUGGAGGCAAGGGGGAAAAACUGAAUUGGGGCUGCAAUGAAGAGGAGGGAGAUUAUAGCCUUAUUCCCUGCCUCCAUUCAUUGAUGCAAAUCAUUCCUUCUCCCCACAAAGUUCUCAUUGCUGUGGAGGGGCAAGUGGACGUUCAUUUAUUGUGCCUGUCUGCAUUUCACCCUGUGAGCCUCUUCUUAUUCUGCAGAUUUUGGGGCGGUAAUACAUGAUCUUGCUUUCAAUACUGUUAUUACCUGCCUGUAAACGUUUUGGGGCAGGCAUAACACUUCAUCUCCUGUCGGUGUGUGUCCCGUAACAUCCUGCUGAUAUCCUGUGACUUCUUAUGCCACAUAUUUCCUGGGCUUUAUUCUUUCCCUCUUUACUUGCCCUAUAGCACAGGAUUGCUCCUCCAGAUGGCAAUAGCCUGGUAACGCCAGGGAAGCGUUGCAUAACAAUUUAUAAAGCAGGAUGAUGUGUGGAUGGUCCGGUAUAAAUCCACUGUAAAGUGCACUGUUAUUUUGUCAGUGACAUAUUUCAGAAUACAACACACACACACACACACACACACACACACACACAGUCUGGGCCCUGUGUUCAAGAGCAACUUCAGGAAGCUAUGUGGAAAGAGUGAUUUUUGUACCAGAGAACUGGUGUAGGAAGGUGGGGUUAAACUCCCAAUCUCUGCUGAGAAAAACAUUAGGAGAGUCCACUACUCUCGCAACAUGUUGAUUUUGUCCCUUAGAGAAGUUCUGAUUCCGGGAUAACUGGUCCCGUGGUCGUGGUGGAAAUGGUUCUGUUGAGGACAGGAUACAAGUUGAUAAUCAACAUGCAGAGACAAUGGAGAGCCGUUCAAGUAGUCAAAAAGAGCAUAGGAAAAACCCCAAAGGAAAAAGAAAGACUUACAUAAAAAAGGGAAUUAUUCUUUAGGCCAAUUCUGAAUGCCUCAGAUUGAAGGUGGGUGAAUUAAGAGUGUGCCGUAUUAAAAAGAGAACAGGACACAGUGGGAAUAUUAGAAGCAAUUGGAUACUUAUAACCCAUGGAUGUUAAAUCUGUAGAAAGAAUACUAUGGGAAGGGAGUGCAGGGUGUGGUGGUUUUCCAAGUCAAAGGAGGACCGUCUUGGGAACAGUGGCCACAACACCAUCAAAUUCAAUAUAUGGGUGGGAAAUUGCCUAGAAAAUGCAACACAGGCACAUUUAAUUUGGGGCCUGGGCAUCUAUUGCAGCCCAAUGAUUUAGGCUGGCACUGUUUUGAGCGAAACUCUGCCAAUAGUUGUGUUAUGUACUGAAGUUCUCACCCUGGGCCAGCAGGGGGAUACUGUAGAUAGUUAUGCAAAUGAAGGAUCGAAAAGUGACGUUCAGUGAUUGGAUAGUUUUGUAUGCAAAUGAAGGAUCGAAAAGUGACGGUCACUGAUUGGAUAGUUUUGUAUGCAAAUGAAGGAUCGAAAAGUGACGUUCAGUGAUUGGAUAGUUUUAGAAAAUGGCAACAGUUACAUUGUUCUGGAGCUCUAUAUAAGCAGGCUGACUGAGCUCCUCAGUUUAGUUCUGUUCCAGCUUACAAAAUAAAGAGCAGUUUUGGAGAAAUCGCUGUGUCGUCUGCUAUGUCAACCCACAACUUAACAAGUUGAUUGCUCUUUUUGAUGUGUUUUGAUUUCCCUGUGAGCUUGGCAACUGUGUGCUUACAUAUGUACAUAGAUACUGCUGUUCGCCUAAUUUUAUUUUGCGGAAUGGACGGCACAGUUUCGCUUCAUGUUUUCUUCCAGAAGUCGGGUCACAAACACGGUUCGUGGCUCAAUUGAUGAAGUCUCCUUCCUGUCAUUACUUGCUCUUUGGCCUUUUGAGGCUGAACCACCAUAUGUUGUUGCUAGCUCCAGCUAUGAAAAAUACAAAUCGGGAUGUUGUUGCCGCUAGCGAGCGGGGAGGAGAGAAUGGAUCUUUUCACCUCUGCUGGCUCAGGACAAAGAGAGAACAAUUCUUCCCAGUAUAGCACUCCUUGGAUCAUUCAGCAAAAGAGGGAAGAGCAACAAGUUUGGUGGCUGUUCAUCUCUGUGCUCCAGCACCUUGCUGUACUCUGUCCUACACUCCGCCUAAUGGUAGGGCAGGCCCUGUGGAGAAUUCUAGGGUGCGUGCUCAGUUCUUGCACUAUGCCUGUCUGGGCCUCAUUGAAGUCCCAGAUGAACUAAGAGUGCACCCUAGAACACCAUCUGUACUGCCCAAUGGCUGCAUGGUGUCACAAGGGAAGGCUGGCUGUGCCCAACAAGCCAACUUUCAUGGAAGCUGCUUUGCCAUUAUGGGUCUCAUUUAGUAACCUCUCUUAGUCCUCUGCCAGUCUGUGCAGCAGAUUUUGACCAAUUGCCUUAUUGCAAACUUUCCGGUUUUGCACGUUUCUGUGUCUUGGGAAAAUGGAUGGGCUGCUUUUUUCCUGUAGUAAGACGGAGCUGUUCCACCUGGCCUUUGGUUUGGACUCAGUCUGACCCUUAUGUUUCCCUUCCCUUAUGGUUUUGAUUUAUGGGCUACUUUUAAAAUGAGGCUGCAUUUUAAAUGGCAUUUUAACCUGUAUUUUAAAUUGUGUUUUUCCCCCUAUUAUGUUUUUACUGUAAUUUUACUGGUGUUGGCCACCCUGAGCCCGGCUCUGGCCGGGGAGGGCGGGGUAUAAAUUAUUAUUAUUAUUAUUAUUAUUAUUAUUAUUAUUAUUUGCAUGAUAUUGAUGAUAGAACUUGGAAAGCUUGCACACUGCUUUGUCACAUUUGGUUGGCCUCUACUGCCUUAGUACGGAUCUACUGAGAACCAUUUUUUCCCCUGUUGGGUGAUGAAUUCAAUGCAUCUGUGUUCUUUUGGCCAUGGACACAACCACAUCCUCACAUGUCUCUAAGUGAGCAUUUGCUUCUCCCAUUGCUUGCCCACUUGGAUUAGCGCAUGGGUUUUGGAACUGAAACUUAGAUGUCUCAUAAGAGCUUAGGAAGAACCUGCUGCAUCAGGCCAGUGGCCCAUCUUGUCCACCAUCUUGUCUUCACCAUGGCCAACCAGAUAUCUGUGGCAAACCCAUAAGCCGGACUAACAAAGGCACUGUUUUUUUCUGCAGUUUCCAGCAACUGCUAUUCAGAAGCAUUACUGCCUCCAGCCAUCAUCUUCUCAGCUUUCUAUUUUGGUUUGGGCUUCCAUUUUAGCAUCUAUGCAUCAUGAACUCGGUGUUCUAGGCCAAUCGAGAUUUUUGGGGAAACUGCAAGAAGAACAAACCUAUUCAUUCUGAAGGAAAUCCGCCCUGAGUGCUCACUGGAAGGACAGAUCCUGAAGCUGAGGCUCCAAUACUUUGGCCACCUCAUGAGAAGAGAAGACUCCCUGGAAAAGACCCUGAUGUUGGGAAAGAUGGAGGGCACAAGGAGAAGGGGACGACAGAGGAGGACGAGAUGGUUGGAUAGUGUUCUCGAAGCUACCAGCAUGAGUUUGACCGAACUGUGGGAGGCAGUGGAAGACAGAAGUGCCUGGCGUGCUCUGGUCCAUGGGGUCACAAAGAGUCGGACAUGACUAAACGACUACAUCCCCAAACCUGAUGCCCUGCAUACUGGACAAAUCAAUAAAACCACUUGAGCAGCCUCUGAGUUCUAAUGAAGUACAGAAGGUGUACUAACUUCAAAACCCAACGAUAGCACAGAGCUCAGAUUACUGUUUUCCACAGGGCAAGGCUGGCUUUGCUAUGUAGCAGUUGCUUUGAACGGGAGAUUACAAAACGGAUGACGUUUUUUGGCCUUCAAACCCUAUCCCUGUACAGCACUUAAAUAUCAAUGGCUGGCACAACUACAAGGAUGUAACCACAAAGGAUUAGAUAAGAAUUAGCUCACAGAACCAAAACAGGCUGAGAUUUUUUCAACCUGCAAAACAGGUCCGAAUGCCCAAAGGAAACAGAUAAGGAUGGUAUUUAUAAUAAGGGUGGUAUUCUGCUAAAAGACAAAUUUUCUCAGAUGGCAACUUGGCACCGUUUCACACUCAAAUGUGUCUCUAUGAAGUGGCUUCUCAUAUGCUGCUCUGUACUAAAUAAAGAAUAAUAAAUAAUAAUAUUUUUUUUAUUUAUACCCCGCCCUCCCCAGCCAGAACUGGGCUCAGGGCGGCUAACACCAAUAAAAUUACAAUAAAACGUAAUAGAAAAAGGAAAAAAAGUUAAUUAAAAUACGAGAUAAAAUAUGGGUUAAAAUACAGGUUAAAAUACAAUUUGAAAUGCAGCCUUAUUUAGGUCAGAGCACUUAGUCUGGAAUUAUUUUACAUAACUUGAUGGCCUGGACUGUUCCAGCUCUAUCUUCUAGAAACGAUGUUUUCUUAGCUGCUUCUUUUUGAGUGAUAAAAGCUUUCAGGCAAUAAGGUAGAAACAUCUAGCUUUGGCAUUUAGAUGUUUUUGUUGCUUGGCCUAACCUCUGAGGUUUCCCCUCCAGCUUUGCUUUACAUCAUAAUUGCUAAUUCCACUUUGAGCCGUAAGAUUUCAAGAAUCUCAAGUCUCGUGGUUGUAGCAAUUGGCAGGCAUUUAACAUUACACACUUACAAUUUAACUAUUGCAGCUUUACCUCUUCCCCUUCCCUCAGGGAAAUUUAGUUCUGUGAGGGGCUAAUGAGCUCCAGGAGAAAAAGAAUUAGUAUCUUAAAUAAUGUAUUGUGUAAUGUCCCCCCCCCCCAAAAAAAAUUAUGUUUACCUUAUUGCGAUAAGUCUACCUUUAAUCAGCUUUUAGAAAUAAGUUUAACAGAUCAAUCCAUGCAUUUCGUAUGCACAUUUGAUUUACUUAUGUCUAUAGAAUAGAACUGUAGAGUUAGAAGGGACCCUGACGGUCAUCUAGUCCAACCCCUGCAAUGCAGGAAUCUCAACUAAAGCAUCCAUGACAGAAGGCCAUCCAACCACUGCUUAAGAACCUCCAAUGGAGGACAGUUCCGUGUUCUUUUUUGGACCAAGCUUGUCUUGAUUAUUUGGUUUUGUGUGGGGUUCUUUCUUAAGAUGCUUAGAAUGGUCUUUUCUCCCUACUGCCUGGAUAAAUUCUUUCUCCAUUCCACCAUGCUACCUGAACUGUCCCAACUGGCCGUUAUAAGAACUGCACUUUAACAGCUGGUGCCUGAGUUUUGUUGUUUUCCUCUACCCUCCUCACCCCUUUCCCCUUUUGUGUUGUGUCUUUUAGACUGUAAGCAUAGAGGGCAGGAACUGUCUUGUUUUUUUACCGUUCUGUAAGCCACACUAGGACCUUUUUUGUGGGGGGGGGGCUGAAGUAUGGGAUUAAAAAAAAUAUGCUUUAAAUAAAUUGUUACUUGGAGCUCUAGUCUGACAGUAUUUAUCUCCCUCUUUCCUCCCUGCUCUCCGCCCUUGUUAGCCCGAGAACCUGUUGUAUUACAGUCUGGAUGAAGAUUCCAAGAUCAUGAUUAGCGACUUUGGGCUGUCAAAGAUAGAAGGCUCAGGAAGUGUCAUGUCUACAGCAUGUGGGACUCCAGGUUAUGUGGGUGAGCUAAAGAGGUUUAUUAUUCCACCCGCCGCCGCCCCCCCCCCCCGCCCCAAUUGAGAAGAGUGGAUCUGGUUGACAAAGAAAACCACUGCGUGCCCUGAGGGGGGUUUUAUGAGGAGGUGGGGCUACAGUUUGCCUCCAGCUUGCCGGACAGGAGAGGCGUAUUAAGUGCCUUUCUAAAUAUGGAUAGCACUUCAGUGUAGGAAAAAGCAUGUAAAUCCAGUGUAUAUUGUAAGAGGGGCACAAUUCGUGUGUUUUGCCAUGUGAAAUUAUGAUUGGCCACAACCUCCCAACAUGUGCUCAGUGUACGUAUUUUUAAUCUUUUGUUGGAAGCCGCCCAGAGUGGCUGGGGAAACCCAGCCAGAUGGGCGGGGUAUAAAUAUUAUUAUUAUUAUUAUACAUUCAUUAUACAUGAUCUACUGUACUGUAUGGACUGCUUACGUUAAUGUACAGUAUGUGUUUAAAUUACUAUUGGUGAAGUGUUUUCAUACAUCAGAGGGAGAUAUUUCUAUCUUUCCCCUCUCCUGUUAGAGUUGCAAAUUCAGAUCAGAUAGAUAGAUAGAUAGAAAGUUUAAAAUAAAUGCAUGAGGAUCUACUCUUGGAUUUCAUGCUUUAUUUCCGGCACAGGGGUACUAAAACUGAAAUAUCUGAAACAGUCCUUUGCUGGGACUUGACAGGACAGGGGAUUCCCUUUCAUAGGCAGAAUGGCAGCCUGGGGUGGCAUGAAAUAAGUUGCAUUCAACUUGGCGGAGCUGAAACACGCUAGACCCGCCACUGGCCCUACCAUCUUUUGUUGAGGGAGCGGCUGUCAAUGAGUGACAUUUGCAGUGCUGUUUUUCUGGUGUGAGACGCAGGGGUACGCAUACCCCUAAACAUUUUGUGAAUCUUUGUACUUUUGUCCAUUUACUGUAUUUAUUUUUCCCGAUUUGAACUAUAAAAUGGUGAUUUUCUUGAGUUAAAAUGAGAGUACCCCUAGACAUUUUUUUUUUUAGAAAAAAGUACUGGACAUUUGUAUCCGUUAAGCAUUAUAGAGUCAUUGUGCCAUGUUUCUUGUAGCAGAAUAAUAUCAAAUUGCUCAAAAAUAGCUGUUUAUUAUUCUGCUUUGAACGCCAACCUUCUUUCUUCCAUGGCAUCAGUUUUAGCCCCAGUUCCUUUCAGGCUCUGUGCUUGUCAUUUCCACUUUGUCCAGAUACCCAAUUUCAUCUAAAAAAAUGCUUCCAUUCCUAUUAUCAGUGGGAACCCAUUCGACGGUGUUAGUAUAUUUUUUUGAUUCUCGGGGGAGGACCACCUAUUUCAUUUGGAACUAAUUUCUGAUAGCUCAGCCAGGAAUUCAUAGUCAUCCCAUCAGGAUUGUUCCUCACCAUAUCAUAUCCCAAGGGUUGAGUUUGCAGCUCUUCAUCUAUAUACUUAAAACUUCCUCUGGUAGCCCUCUUUUUAACUAUACAUUUUGGAGAAACCAGCUUGUGGGCGGAAGGCUUGAUUGUCAAUUGUCUCACCAAUGUUUUGUUGUCCAUGCUGUUGUAUUUUGGGUCAAACUGGACUGUAACUUAGCUACAGUGGUACCUCGGGUUACAUACGCUUCAGGUUACAUACGCUUCAGGUUACAGACUCCGCUAACCCAGAAAUAGUGCUUCAGGAUGAGAACAGAAAUUGUGCAGCGGGAGGCCCCAGUAGCUCAAGUGGUGCUUCAGGUUAAGAACAGUUUCAGGUUAAGAACGGACCUCUGGAACGAAUUAAGUACGUAACCAGAGGUACCACUGUACUUUGGUGAGAAUGUCACUUAGGGAUGAAAUAAGUUUGGAGAAGACUUACAAGUCGGGGUUGUGGAAGGUGGAAAUCUUUACAAGGGAGAGAUGGCUGGCAUGGUGUGGGUGUGGGUGUGUUUGUUCCUGGGAGAGCAAGCCUUUAGAAGGAAAUCCCUAGUACAAGGGUUGCGUUUCCUCAUCUGUCCGCAAACGACAUUUGGGCAACAGGGAAUUUCCAUCUCUAAUGGUCACUUUCUUCCUCUUUCCCCCCUUGGGUCUGGUCCAGCUCCUGAGGUGUUGGCACAGAAGCCUUACAGCAAAGCGGUGGAUUGCUGGUCCAUUGGAGUCAUCGCUUACAUCUUGUACGUACUGAGUUGAAUUGAGAUGGCGGUGGGCCUGGAGCCAGAUGCCCUGCCUCCUAUUGCUCCUGAAUUCACAUAUGCAAAGGGAGUCCUAGUCAGCUAAACACUGGACACUCCCUUCCACUCUUCUCCUUCCACGGCGCUUCUGGCACCACACAGCUACUUUUGCCCGUUCAUUUAUGGGCCUUUCAUUUCUCCUUUACAGACAGCUUGAAAAGUUUCAUAAUAUUGUCCCUCACCAAGGCCCACAACUCAACCACCAGAGCCACCUUUAACCCUUUACCGCCCACAGAGGUGGUACAUCCUCUCUUGGGGAUUAUUACUGUAUUUAUCCGUAUAUAACAUGCCCCCAUGUAUUUUUGGGGGCUCGAAAUUUAGAAAAUGGGAGUGGGGUGAUUGAUUGCCCAGAGUUGCUGAGCUUUCGAUAGGGGGAAUGCCCAGAGUUUUGGAGCUUUUUUGGGGGGGGGGGGAAUGCUGAAAAUCUAUCGCCAGACUGUCCAACGCUGCAACACUUGCAUGUCGCAUAACCCAACAAUCGCCUGCCCGAUCGCCGCAAGCAGCCGCCAUUUGCCCGCCCAAUUGCCACAACAGCAGCCAACCAACAGCAGCCCUUGCCGCACCCACCAAUCACCCGCAGAAUCACCACUCACAAUCUCCUACUCGCAGAAGCAACAAAUCCCCCGUCACCAUGUAUAAGAUGACCCCAAAUUUUUGACCCGGUUUUAUCAGAAGAAACCCUUGACUUAUCCAUGGAAAAGUACGGUACUUCAUUCCGGCUACAAAACACAUUUCUGCAUCUUUAAUUAAAAAUGGGGUUAGGAGUAAUUCACCGAUGCUUGAGGCAGUGGCUUUUUGCCAGUUCCGGGAGGUAUGUUCACCAGAUCUACAUUUCCUACUUAAAAUUGGGGGGAUUGGAAUUCAAGUUGUACACCUGCUUCUACACUUCCUGGAUCUCCUUAGCUCAAAUAAUGUGAUCCUCAGAUGAAGGCUGGUAUAUCAUUUAUUAUUAUUAUUAAUGAUGAUGAUAUCAUCAUCAACAUAGGUUUAUAAAUGUGCUUUUUGAAAGAAGACACAUUUAAAAUACAUAUUUAAAUGUACACAUUUUCGUGCAGACUUUUCAUUUUUUAAAAGUCGGUUGGAAAUGGGCUGGAAUGGACUUAUGGGUAAACACACAUGCAAAUGACAUGAAAACAAACUGGUUUGCCCAUCGCUACUGUGUAAGAAGAUUGGUCAGUGAGUGGCUUAGGAGGUGCAUCAAGCAACAGGUUCACUUGGUGCCUUGGUGUCUCCAGGAGAGGGCACGCCACCACCCAAAUGAAACAGCUCCGCCUCUCUCUUUCGGCAACUAUUAUUUAUUUAUUAAAUUUCUAUUCCGCCCUUCAUCCGAAGAUCACAGGGUGGUUUGACAAUAGAAAAGCACAAAAAAGAGAGAUGCCGUCGUAAAACAAACAAAAAUGGUUCAACUGCUGUUAUCAGGGCCAGGCAAAGACAUUUUGGCACCUGAGGUGGACACAGAAAUGGCUCCCCCUCUCUCCGCCAGGGAACAAGGGGUCAGGGGAGAUCAACUUCAGGCAAAUGGAGGGGAAGAAAAGAUCAAUUUUGGGCUCUGCAGCCCAGGUGAAUCUUGCCACCUGAGGUGGUUGCCUCACCUUGCCUCAUAGGUGGGCCGGCCCUGACAAUGAUUCUACCCCUCUAAUCCCCUGGUCAGGAAGUAACCUUCUGUCUUUUUUCUUCUUCUCUCCCCUCGCUUUCCAGUCCAUUUACCUCAGUUCCCCACAUUCUUUUGCUCCUUCACAGCCUAUACAUUUAUUUCCAACUCUCCCCGUUGUAUAUUGCCAUGCCUUCUGAGUGUCACACAUGCCCUGUCCCCACUUUCUCCCCUCAGACUGUGUGGCUAUCCCCCCUUCUACGAUGAGAACGACACGAAGCUCUUUGAGCAGAUCCUGAAGGCAGAAUAUGAAUUUGACUCCCCCUACUGGGACGACAUAUCAGAAUCAGGUGAGGGAAGGAAAUGGUGGCUUCUCUGAAUGCCAGUGCUAGAACCAAGGCACAUAUUAUGUAUAUUUGUUGUUGUUUUUUAAACUGCUGAUUUGAUAAAAUUUAUUGCUUGUUUUUUCAGUAUUUUCUUACAGAUAUUUUAGAUCACUUUAUCUAAACAGCUUAGUGGGCUUUAAAAAAAAUAAAUAAAUUGGUAGAUAACUCUCAUUAAUUAAAAAUAAUAAUAAAUGGAAUCAAGUGGAUCUGUGCUGUGGGAGGAGGCCAGUGGCACCGCUCACUAGCUUGCUUGCUAACUCAGGCCUUCAUUCACUUCCUUUCUCCUCUCAGCCAAAGAUUUCAUCCAGCAUUUAAUGGAGAGAGACCCUAAGAAACGCUUCACCUGUGAGCAGGCACUACAACACCCGUGGUAAGGAGGAAUCUGUACCCCAUCAUCCAUUUAGCUGGCUUUGAGAAAGCUGGGGGAUCUCUUGGCUCCUGUUGACCAGUUGUAAAAGGCAAGUAAGGGGGAGACCAGCCUGGCCAGAGAAGGAGCACCUGCAGGAAGUUUGCUUUUUCCUUCCUCCUCCCUGUCCGAAAGAUCAUUAAGCUCCAGCUGUCCGGUGCCCUGGGACUGCAGAAGCAAGAAGAAAGGGCACGUUGGCUACCAUUCAUUGGUCAAAGGAACAAGGGGUGCCAAUUGCAAUUUGAGUAGGAAUACCAGCCAAGAAGAUGAGCGUGGUCUGAACUGGAUGUGAAUGCCCUUUUAUAGCUCACCAUUUUAUUCAGCGUUGGAGAACCGAUCUCUCCCCUCUGCCUUUUCCCUCCACUCGCCUUUCCAUGUGUGUCAUUUCUUUUCAGUUUGCAAGCCUGAUGGUAGGACUUCUCUCCCUCCCUCCUAAUUGAUGGGAGACAAUCAAUGCCAAUAUGAAAAGUGGCAUUAAAAAAAAAUACAAUGGAAGAAAGUGGGAAUAUAAUGCUGCGAUCUUGCACCCACGAGAGUAAGCCUCUCAUUGUACAGUGGUACCUUGGUUUAAGAACAGCUUAGUUUAUGAACAACUUGGAUUAAGAACGCUGCAAACCCGGAAGGUGUUUUGGUUUGUGAACUUUGCCUUGGAAUAAGAACAUGUUCCGCUUCCUGUUGAGUGCGUUCCAUUUGUAAAUUGAGUCCCCCGCUGCUAUGGGAAAGCAGGCCUUGGUUUAAGAACGCUUUGGUUUAAGAACGGACUUCCGGAAUGGAUUAAGUUCGUAAAUGAAAGUACCACUGUACUCCCAUCGUACCUGAUGAGAGUUGUAGCCCCAAAUAUCUGGAUGGCAUUGGUUUGGAGAAGGCUGGCCUACAGGCUUUCAGAGUUGGCACCAGGUGAACUGAUUGGAACAGGAAUUCCCUGGGGUCCUGUUCUUAUUAGCAACUCACAUCGCUUGGAAUGGUGGAGGCAUCUAUUGGUAUUUCAAUGCCUUUUAUAGAUGUUGAUCUUGGGAUCCUGGUGGGUUGACAUGGUGAAAGGUGGUCCUUUUUAAGUAUAGGGGUCCUGGACCGUAGAAGGCUUUAAAGGCCAGAGGCACUCCUAUGUGGCAUGUUAAUAAGAACCAAUCUCCUCUUCCUUCCAGGAUUGCUGGAGACACCGCACUAGAUAAGAACAUCCACCAGUCAGUCAGCGAGCAGAUCAAAAAGAAUUUUGCCAAGAGCAAGUGGAAGGUAAGGGCAUGUCCUGCAGAGAAGCGGUUGGUGGGUGCUUUUACCCAUGAGCCUUAAAUCUGUCCCUGCUCAAAUCCGACUGCAAUGUGAAUGCAACGCCUUUGUCCGCCAGAAUAUAUGUUUGCUCUUUGCCUUAGGAUAACCUUUACCAAUGAUAUUCACUUGUGGCAUGUGAGAGUCUCUUGAAUAUUUUUAGUAUUUAAUAUACAGUUGUAUAAGGGAUGCGGGUGGCGCUGUGAGUUAAAGCCUCAGCGCCUAGGACUUGCCGAUCGAAAGGUCAGCGGUUUGAAUCCCCGUGGCGGGGUGCGCUCCCGUCACUCGGUCCCAGCGCCUGCCAACCUAGCAGUUCGAAAGCACCUUCGGGUGCAAGUAGAUAAAUAAGGACCGCUUACUAGCGGGAAGGUAAACGGUGUUCCGUGUGCUACGCUGGCUCGCCAGAAGCAGCUUGUCACGCUGGCCACGUGACCCGGAAGUGUCUGCAGACAGCGCUGGCUCCCGGCCUAUAGAGUGAGAUGAGCGCACAACCCUAGAGUCUGUCAAGACUGGCCCGUACGGGCAGGGGUACCUUUACCUUUUACCUUUAUACAGUUGUAUGGAUUGAUAUUUUUGGUAUUACUGAUUUUAUUAUUAUUUCUAACUGUUCCUGCUAAGUUUUUUUGGGGGGAAUCGUUAUACUUACUGUUCAUUUGCUAUGUUGUGAACUUUGGCACAAUUUUGUGGGACUGUGGCAUACAAAUUAAGCCGAUGGGGAUGGUAACCUCCCUCAAAAUCUCCUAGGAACUCGUGUUUGUUGAAGUUGUUUAGAAUUUUGUUUUGAGGUUCCUAGCUAUCCCCAUCCCAGGAAUGCCCUGGAGAAAGGAAGCAACUUAUUGAUCUAGUUUAGGUCCAUGGUGCAAAUAUACUUUUAUAGUGAACACAGCUGAGAAUAGAUAUUUGCAGUCUCGAGUUUCCUUCGUGCCAACAGUUAGGGAAAAGAAGAAAGGCUUUCAUUUUCUGUUUGUCUCAUUUGCCACACAGGCUGCAUACAAACCAUACAUUUAAAGACGUGACUCCCCCCACCCCAAUAAUUCGGGGAAGUGCAGUUUAACCCCACACAGAGCUACAAAUCCCAGCCGCCAUAAACUACAGUUCCCAGGAUUCUUUGGGGGAAAUAAUGUGCUUUAAGGGAAUGGGGUAUACAGCGACAGCAUCUCCCCCAUCUUUGACAGCAAUCUGCUUUUCUUUUUUUCUUUCUUUUUUGUCCUACACAGCAAGCCUUCAACGCAACUGCUGUGGUCAGGCAUAUGAGGAAGCUACAGCUUGGGACCAGCCAAGAUGGACCUGGUCAAGCCAUGCAGGAGAGCAAUGGUGAGAGGCUGGGAAUGGCCUUCGGUGCCACAGGGUAUUCCCCUCCAUGUACUGUGGUGACACCAGUAUAGAGCCGAAACAGAUUUUCUCCUCAAGACCUUUGUCGGUGAAUCUUGAUAUUCACUAAUGGCUGGUGGUUAAUAUUUGUGUCUGGUAUCUGCCAAGGUUUGAUCUUACUAUUUGAUCCCCCCCCGCCCCCCCGGAUACACUGACAAAUCCUAGGCAUUUGAAUUCUGAGGUAAAAUUUCGCCUCAGUGUUGACAUUCUGCAUUUGGAACUUGAAUGGCAAAAUUGAAAGCAGUGAGUGAUGUCAAGUUAAAUGCACACGAAAGCUUGUAUCCCUUUGACCCCAAUCCCAUCCCCGCCUUCCUGUUAACAAACACACUUUCUCCAGAGCUGGAGGAUUUCCUCUCCUCUUUUUCCAUUUAUUAUUUGGGAUAGAAUGGCAGUAAAUUAGUAUAAAUGGCUGUAAGGGCUAGCAGUUUCAAAGGCGCAUGACCUGUUUUCAGGCAUAUACUGUUCUGUGGCCUCACGAACUGGCCAUGCAUCAACAGCUUCCCUCACAGUUGCUUCUCUGUGAUACCCUCACACUUGACUUAAUGUUCCUUCCCUCACACUUUGUAAGGUUUUAUUCCAGUGUUGGGGAUCCUUUGGACACCCUUUGGACGUUUUUCCAGACUACAACUCCCAUCAUCCCUAGCUACUGGCCGGGGCUGAUGGAAGUUGCAGUCCAGCACCUGAAAGGCCACAAGUUCCCUGUCCUUGUGACUCCCACUGUCUUUCCCCGCCAUUUAUAGCUUCUGCCAUCUAAUGAUGGCAAUGUCAGAAAACGGGAAAAGGCAACUCCCAUUUCCUUCCUAGUGCCCCUGAAAACUCACUCCUGUUUGCUUUGUCCAGGAAUCCACUGCCUGGCCUUUUCCUGAGCUAGAAAAUAAGGAAAAUGUUUUGUUGCUCCACCAAUUACUGUUGUCCGAAAUUCAGCAAAUUUAGUAUUUGUCUGGGAAGGAUGGGUGGGCUUGUGGAGAAGGAACGGGAGGAUUUGGGAUGUGGGUGAAGGAGGAUGUUACCACUUGUUUUGAAACUAAACUGUAUUUUCCCGUGUGUGCACGCUUUAUAUCAAAAUUAAACACGUUAACUGCUUUCCACACUUCUUUUUAUUUAAAAAAACUUUACAUGCUUUGAACUCAAUAUGCACACACUUAAAUUGGGUAUAUUGAUUAACCUUUGGGGGCAGUUUCCCCUCCCUCGCUUCACCUUGCAGUUUGGCCAGAGUCAAUGAGAAACCAUUUGGGUGGCAUGGCAGUAGCAACUUAGACAUGGUCUGUUAGGGAUUCCCUUUACGACUGCUGAAAAAUGAGGCUUUGCUCACAGCUGGGAUUCCCUGUAAACACAAAAGGAUUAAGGUGCUAUAUAUAACCUCGUGCAAAAGCCUAUCCUUUGUAGUAUCCUGCCCAGAAGACAGUGGCUAGGCAGAUUUGCCUUGCUGACUUUGUGCUGUGUUUGUUGUGUUGUGUUGGUUGUGUUGUGCUUGUAGUACCAGUUAACCCAGUCCUGACAGUCCCUUUUCUCUUCGGCAGGCUCAGCUUCCAGUAGCAGCGAGGAAUCCUUGGGGAAUGGUUCUCACCGUCAGAUGCGGGACUGA